CAAUCCACCACAAUUGCCGGUCCAUUUGGAUCUCGAUUACAUGAUAUUUAGUCCAUCUAUUGAUUCUGUUCCUAGGAUCUGUUUGAAUUAAUGCUUAGGCCAUCGAACUCAAACUGAGAGAGAAGGCACAAUGCCCCCAAUUGAUUUUUUUUGCAGAAUUCAAUGGAUUGUGUUUUUGCUGCUCUGUCUCGUGGUUUAUGCUGAUCUGAAUGAGGAGCUUAGACAUCUAAAAGUCCUAGAAGCCAAUUUACAGACUAAAGAACUUAUGUGUAACUUGGCAAAAUUAAUGUGAAGGUCUCACGAAUGUUGAAUGGGGACUAUUAAUGUAGAUAAAAGGGAGACUCAAUUUAUUUUUUUAGUUUGAAAUUUGAUGGUUAUUGUACCUGUCGGUUAUGGAGCUUGGUAGGGCCUAUUAUGAUUUGUGAUGAUUAUAAAAAAAAUUGCAGUGUCAAGAGCAUGUACGUUGAUUUCUGACAGGUUAUACCGGCUUGCUUCCAUUGGCUUUGCAACAUUCGGUGUCUUCGUUCUUGCAAAGUGUGCUAUACAGCAUUUUCUAGAAAUAAAGCGCCAGGCCGCCAGCAUGCAUGGGUUGGAGAGUAUCAAAUGCAUACAAGAUUUCUAAAGGCUUGCUUGACAAGUAUGGUCCUGAUAGGAUUCUCCACAUGCUUGUAACAGAGUUGAGCUAUUAAAAUGUUGAAUUGUUGCUGUCUACUUUCAGUAUAUGUAAGCAUGAUCGCACACUUACUCAUUUCCCUUCAUAUCUCAGGCUACCACACAUUUCCAAUUACUCUGGUUUCUGUGGUCAUUCCAUGAUUCGAGGGUAGAUGUCGAACGAUCUCGCAUGUAAGGCACAAAGAUGCUACCAUAAUGAUGUCAUCUUUAAGUGUUGCUUAAAUUAUGAAGAGGAAUUCCAAAUCUGCAUUGACCAGAAGGACACUGCACAUAUUCACUAAGCUUCCACGUCCACCUAUUUGGUCAGGACCUCAUUUCAGUGUCUCCUUAUCUGAACCUUAAUACAGUACACAAUGAUCGCAGGAAUAACAACAUAUUAGUGUAGUUCCCAGGUCUACACCAUAGGGAUCUAAUGUUCUUUCUUAAGUAUUUUAAAUAGCAUCAUAAAAGGCUUAGCAUGCACAGUCAUAUUCUUAAUCAGGUCUUCUGCAACCAAAGUGUAGCAUUGUUCAGGUCUUCCUUUUAGAGGUAAGCCGGCAGCAGCAGCAGUCAAACACAGGUAGGAGGUGGCCAGCAAUUUGACUUACAUCUGUGUUGUCUUUGGUCCAUUCCUAGAUAUAUGGGUUUUUCUAACAGUGCUCAUGGUACCCGUAAAAAUAAUACUUCUCUUGAUCUCUUCUUCAUGCUUUGCUAGCUAGGAAAUAUAAUUUAUCACAUUUUGUUUCUCUCACAAUUACAGAACAUGAAUUAUCAUUACAAUGGAAUACCAUUCUACUUAGUGUCUGAAUUUCAUAUAUAAAGCAGGUCACUGAUGUUUCCUGAAUAUCUCAAUAAUUGUUGUUUGCCUAGCUUCUUUGGUUCUAUGACUUCAUUUAAUUCUUAGAAAUACCACCAAAUUGGAUCAUAUAACGAUUAAUAUUUUCAUUUAUCACUUAACUUAUAUUCAGCUUUCCCUUUCCCCCCUAGCUCUAGCUUUUAGAGCCACAUGUAGAGAGCUGACACCAUAGAAGCCAUAUGUGUUAGUGCAUAAUUUUUUUGACUGCUCGUCAAAAUCCCCACUAUAAUCAGAUAAAUGUGCACCAUGGUCUAUUCUUUCAGUUUCAGAUGCUCCUACAGAUCUCAAUCUUCUUUACCUAAUGUGUGGUUUAGUCCCCAGUCUUAAGAACUUUCCAUUCACUUUGUGAAUUUUCUCCAUAAGUAAGGGGACUCAUUUUAAUGAAACAGGCCAAUGUCGCCAAAUCCGGAGUGAAGUGGGCGGCUCACAUCAGAGCAGCGGCGCAGCAUGUGGAACUGGCAGGCUCCACGAGCGACAAACAGUUCGAGUGAAGCUGCAGUGACUCUCCUUCAUAUCCUGGAUAUUUUUUUGAGAUUAUUCAUGUUAGGGAUAUGGAUGAAUGAAUACAUGAUGAAUGAGCUUUGGUUGCAAAGAACCUGGAAGAUGGGUGCCAGCUAGCCAUGAAAUUGUUGACCGAUGCGAGUGGGAAUCCUGGAAGGACUUGGAAUUGAUUCGAUUUGUUGGAAACAUUUAGGAAAGCAACACAGAGAGGCGUUUUGCUGGUUGGUGUUAUGAAGCUUGAUGAUAAAGAACCGUCGUCAAUGGCUGAUGUGCCAGGCUUACAAUGACCAAAGGACAAGGCAAAUUAUUACAAUCAUUUGAUGGGUAUUGCCGGCAGUCUCCCUGGUUUAGCUUGGGUUGCAAUUUUAGGAAAAGAUUGUGAAGUUGAUUUUUUUUACACGGGUUGAGUAUGUAUUUUAAGUUAACAAGUAAUGGAGUGCAUAUGCCCAUUUUCUUUAGAAAAAGUAUGAAUGCUAUAUAAGAUAUGUGUGGCUAAUCUUUGCUUUAUAUUCUCACCAUAACACAUGUUGCAAUAUCUAGAAGAACAUAUUCAAAAAAUAGCAAUAAUGAGAUUGUUUAUAUUUUGAGAAAAUAAGAGAAGUGAUUCUACUUUGAAAAUGUUAACAGCAUUAGAACUCACAUUCCAGUGUCACAACUUUGUCUUGUCUAUGUGUAAACUCAAUCUGAAAAGUGUUGAAUCAAAUAUGAAAUAUUUUAAUAAAUUUUUGUUGUUGCCAUGAUAGGGCGCGCAACACGCGCCAAAUGUUCUAGUGAUAUAAAUAAACACGCCUGCGCACGCAGGCCACACGCCCAUCGCCCAUACACGCGCAGCAGCCAUGGCGUCGUCCAAGCUCGUCGCCAGCCUCUUCCUCGCCUUGGCGCUGGUCGUCGCCACCACGCCACAGCCCUCGCAGGCCGCCAGGGCCGAGCCCGGCUGCUGCGGCACCCCGUCGCCGGCACCGUCACCGGAAGCAAGCCCGCCGGAGCAGGCGACGGCGUCGUGCGUGUCGUGGUUCCUGGGGAUGACCCCGUGCAUGGACUUCUUCACCGACGCGAGCGUGCCGGCGCCUUCGAGCGCCUGCUGCAGGGGCCUCGAGUCGCUCGUCGACGGCGCGGCCGUCUGCCUCUGCCACGCCAUGAACGGCGACAUCGACAACCUCAUGCCGGCGAACACCGACUUUACCCGCGUGUCGGACCUCCCGGCGACCUGCGGCGUCGCGUUGCCGGUGGAAACGCUCUCCAAGUGCGGAAGUGAGUCGACCGUCUAGCUAUGCACGUGUCUUAGUACUAAUUAAGCAGUUUCAUGUUUUUUGUGUGUGGAUAUAUAGCAUCUAAUCUAUGAUGAACAUUGGUCUCAUUGAUCAGCGGAACCGGUGCCGCCGUUGUUGCC